UUUUUGUUUAGCAAGUAGUUUAUAAGAUCCAUCGUGGUUAUCGUUAUCAUCGAUCAGUUCUUCCCUCUGUGGUCGCUUUCCUGUAAACCCAAAGUCCCGAAACCCUUGUAUGCCCUCUUCUUCUUUUACGCACUUAAAUCCCAGAUGGCUUCCACAAUGUUCUCUCUAGCUUCUGUCACUCCUUCAGCUUCAAUUUCCUUGCAAGAUAAUCUCAAGCCAAAGCUGAAGCUAGGGACUUCUAGCCAAAGGGCCUUUCCCAGGAAGGACUUCAUGAAGGCAAAGUCAAAUGGUCGGACUACUAUGGCUGUUGCUGUUAACGUCUCUCGAUUUGAGGGAAUAACAAUGGCUCCCCCUGACCCCAUUCUUGGAGUCUCUGAAGCAUUCAAGGCUGAUACAAAUGAACUGAAGCUUAACCUUGGAGUUGGAGCUUACCGCACAGAGGAUCUUCAACCAUAUGUCCUCAAUGUUGUUAAGAAAGCAGAGAACCUUAUCCUGGAGAGAGGAGAAAACAAAGAGUAUCUUCCAAUAGAAGGUUUGGCUGCAUUCAACAAAGUCACAGCAGAGUUAUUGUUUGGAAAAGAUAACCCGGUGCUUCAGCAACAAAGGGUGGCUACAAUUCAAGGUCUAUCAGGAACUGGGUCAUUGCGUAUUGCUGCAGCACUGAUAGAGCGUUACUUCCCUGGCUCUAAGAUUUUGAUAUCAUCUCCAACAUGGGGAAAUCAUAAAAACAUUUUUAAUGAUGCCAGAGUACCUUGGUCUGAAUAUCGAUAUUAUGAUCCCAAAACAGUUGGCCUUGACUUUGCUGGGAUGAUAGAAGAUAUAAAGGCUGCCCCAGAAGGAUCAUUUAUCUUGCUCCACGGCUGUGCACACAACCCAACUGGUAUUGAUCCCACACCUGAGCAAUGGGAAAAGAUCGCUGAUGUAAUUCAGGAGAAGAACCACAUUCCAUUUUUUGAUGUUGCCUACCAGGGAUUUGCAAGUGGCAGCCUUGACGAAGAUGCCUCAUCUGUGAGAAUGUUUGCUGCACGUGGUAUGGAGCUUUUGGUUGCUCAAUCAUAUAGUAAAAAUCUGGGUCUCUAUGGAGAAAGGAUUGGGGCUAUUAAUGUUCUUUGCUCAUCUGCUUCUGCAGCAACAAGGGUGAAAAGCCAGCUAAAAAGGCUUGCUCGACCAAUGUACUCCAAUCCUCCCAUUCACGGUGCUAAAAUUGUUGCCAAUGUCGUUGGAACUCCAGAGCUCUUCAGUGAAUGGAAAGAAGAGAUGGAAAUGAUGGCAGGGAGGAUAAAGAGUGUUAGACAGAAGCUAUAUGAUAGCCUCUCCGCCAAGGAUAAGAGUGGAAAGGACUGGUCGUUCGUUCUGAAGCAGAUAGGAAUGUUCUCCUUCACAGGUCUCAACAAAGCUCAGAGCGAGAACAUGGCCGAUAAGUGGCAUGUGUACAUGACAAAAGAUGGGAGGAUAUCCUUGGCUGGAUUAUCGGCUGCUAAAUGUGAAUAUCUUGCUGAUGCCAUCAUUGACUCAUACUACAAUGUGAGCUAAUUCUUGGAUUUUAAAGUGACAACAGUUUUGAUAAUAAUAUCUGCAGGAAUUUCACUGUAUACUUCAUUCUUCCUGUUGAGCACGUGAUUCUCUUAAAUCUUGUAAUAAUUGUUUCAGCUUGUCUUCGGUUUACAGAAUUUAUAUUUAUAUGAAGCAAAUUUUGACAAUUUCUUAACAGUUGGAUUCUAAAAUAAAGA